UGGAGGCGCUCUGAGUGUGUUGCCCGCCGGCCUGGGCUGUCCUCGUCCAGUUUCAUCCAGUCUCGAGCGCCCCGCUAGCCUUGCGGUGGGGCAGCGCCCACCGCCAGUGUGCAAACCUGAGGGUAGAGACAGCCUCUGGACUCCCCUUCUUCUCCGCGGGAGGCGGCUUCCGGCCUCGGAGGCCUGCGGGCGUUGGAAAUCUCAUUAGGCGUGUCCGGCAGAGGGGUUGGGGAAGAUUUAGGGGCGGAACGGGGACGUGUGGAUCUGCUAAGUAACCGAGUAACCACCGCAGUCCAAAUGUGGAGCAGGAGGCGGGACCUCGAGGGUGUGCCCCACGCAUGGAUCUGAGCUGUUGCCACUGGCCCUAAAGCGUCCGUAAGGGAUAGCUAAGCAGAAACAAUUAUGUCAGGGUGGGAGUCUUACUACAAAACCGAGGGCGAUGAAGAGGAGGAAGAACAAGAGGAAAGCCCGGAAGCAGGUGGAGAACAUAAAUAUUCAGGAAGAGAUAGUUUGAUUUUUUUGGUUGAUGCCUCCAGGGCCAUGUUUGAAUCUCAGGGUGAAGAUGAAUUGACUCCUUUUGAUAUGAGCAUCCAGUGUGUCCAGAGUGUAUAUGCCAGUAAGAUCAUAAGCAGUGAUCGAGAUCUCUUGGCAGUGGUAUUCUAUGGUACCGAGAAAGACAAAAAUUCAGUGAAUUUCAAAAAUAUUUACGUCUUACAAGAGUUGGAUAAUCCAGGUGCAAAACGAAUGCUGGAGCUUGACCAGUUUAAGGGGCAGCAGGGAAAAAAACAUUUUCAAGAUCUAAUUGGCCAUGGUUCUGACUACUCAUUGAGUGAAGUGCUGUGGGUCUGUGCCAACCUCUUUAGCAAUGUCCAGUUCAAGAUGAGUCAUAAGAGGAUCAUGCUGUUCACCAAUGAAGACGACCCCCAUGGCAAUGACAGUGCCAAAGCCAGCCGGGCCAGGACCAAAGCUGGCGAUCUCCGUGACACAGGAAUCUUCCUUGACUUGAUGCACCUGAAGAAACGUGGGGGCUUUGAUAUAUCCUUGUUCUACAGAGAUAUCAUCAGCAUAGCAGAGGAUGAAGAUCUCGGGGUUCACUUUGAGGAAUCAAGCAAGUUGGAAGACCUAUUGAGGAAGGUUCGUGCCAAGGAGACCAGGAAGCGAGUGCUGUCCAGGUUAAAGUUUAAGCUCAACAAGGAUAUAGCACUCACUGUAGGCAUUUAUAACUUGGUCCAGAAGGCUAACAAGCCUUUUCCAAUAAGGCUCUAUCGGGAAACAAAUGAACCAGUGAAAACCAAGACCCGGACAUUUAAUGUAAAUACAGGCAGUUUGCUCCUGCCUAGUGAUACCAAGAGAUCUCAGACCUAUGGGAGUCGUCAGAUUGUACUAGAGAAAGAGGAAACGGAAGAGCUGAAGCGGUUUGAUGAGCCAGGUUUGAUUCUCCUUGGCUUUAAGCCCUUGCUAAUGCUGAAAAAGCACCAUUACCUGCGGCCCUCCCUGUUCGUUUACCCUGAGGAGUCCCUGGUAAACGGGAGCUCAACCCUGUUUAGUGCUCUGCUUACCAAGUGUCUGGAGAAGGCGGUCUUAGCAGUGUGCAGAUACACACCCCGCAAGAACACCCCCCCUUAUUUUGUGGCUUUGGUGCCACAAGAAGAAGAGCUAGAUGACCAGAAAAUUCAGGUGACUCCUCCAGGCUUUCAGCUUGUCUUCCUACCUUAUGCUGAUGAUAAACGUAAAGUGCCUUUUACAGAAAAAGUCAUGGCCAACCCUGAACAGAUAGACAAGAUGAAAGCCAUUGUUCAGAAGCUGCGCUUCAAAUACAGAAGUGACAGCUUUGAGAACCCAGUGCUGCAGCAGCAUUUCAGGAAUCUGGAGGCCUUAGCUUUGGAUUUGAUGGAGCCUGAACAAGCAGUAGAUCUGACAUUGCCCAAGGUUGAAGCAAUGAAUAAAAGACUGGGCUCCCUGGUAGAUGAGUUUAAGGAACUCGUCUACCCACCAGAUUACAAUCCUGAGGAUAAAGUUAGCAAGCGAAAACAAGGAGUGACUCCUGUAGUGCCCUUGGAACCCACUGGCAGAGCUCCUCACAUGCUGACCGUGGAUGAUGGAGUUUCUGGAAGUAAAAAGCCCAAAAUGGAGGUAUCUGAAGAGGAGCUGAAGGCCCAUAUUGCCAAGGGCACGCUGGGCAAGCUCACGGUGCCCAUGCUGAAGGAGGCCUGCAGGGUGCAUGGGCUGAAGGGUGGGCUGAAGAAGCAGGAGCUGCUGGCUGCUCUCACUGAGCACUUCCAGAAGGACUGAUGCUGACCACACACCCUCCCCGUGGCGAAGUUGCCUGCUUUUGUUCUCACCAAGUUAAAGGUGUUUUUCCUGAGCUGGGAGGAGUUGCCUUGCGGAAGCUGAGGACUUUACAUUUGAAACUUGUUGGCACAGAGACCGCAUGGCUCUCUCACUUGGCUUGUGCCUUACUCUAUGUGAAUAAAGAACCUUGACUUUG